AGCAGCAGCAGCAGACCACGGGGGACGCACGCACGCACGCGGAGUAGCGGAUACGCGCGUGUACGCGAAGUGUACGCGAAGUGUGCGACAAAUAACUAUUUUUUUAAACCCGUCCCUCGGCUCGGUUCCCCCCGGUGUCCGGAUCAGCGCGCAGCGUGUGUUGCGACGUGUCCCGUAGCGCGUGUUACAACCGAGGAAUAUAUUAAUUUAACCCAGUCGCGGCCGGCUGUCGUGCGUGCCGAAACACAAACCCGAUUAUAAUAUGGCGAACAGCAUAGCACCGGACUCGUGGGAACAGCAGGCGGACAACAACGGCGACAUCGUCGCGGGACCGCCGCCGUCGGCGCAGGACAGCAAGUCCACCUCCAUCGAGAGCAAAUUCUCCACUCUCAACGUGAACGCCGCGGAAUUCGUGCCUUCCUUCUGCAUCAAUUCGUCGCCGCAGAACAACACCGCGACGGCGACCGACAGCACCUGCAAUGUCGCCGCCGCCGUGAUGAAUACCGUAACCACCACCUCCAUGCCUGCCGAGAUACAUCAUGGAAAUUCUACUCCUGUUGUUCUAUCAGAUCCAAUUGGAAGUCGAGUUGAGGAACCUCCUGCUGGAGGAGGGGCACCACCUCCGAAUGUUAACGACCAACUAAAUACCAGUCCAGAGCAUCAGCCUGCGGACUCUUGGGAAGAAGCAGCAGUAGAUGGCGAUCCUUUGCUCACUCCUGAAAAUGAAGAAGCUGAUAAUGAGGAGGAUGAAGAACUGGUUGUUAAAGUACCUAAAAAGAAACCUGUCAAAGUAGCGGAAGACACUAAAAGCAAAAAGGAACACGUUAACGUUGUUUUCAUAGGUCACGUGGACGCUGGGAAAUCAACUAUCGGAGGCCAAAUUAUGGCGCUUACGGGGAUGGUGGACAAACGCACCUUAGAGAAAUACGAACGGGAGGCGAAGGAAAGAAGUCGAGAAACAUGGUACUUAAGUUGGGCGCUGGAUACAAAUCAGGAAGAGAGAGAGAAAGGCAAAACAGUGGAAGUAGGUAGAGCGUACUUCGAGACGGAACGAAAGCAUUUUACGAUAUUAGAUGCUCCCGGCCAUAAAAGCUUCGUGCCCAACAUGAUCGGCGGUGCGGCGCAGGCCGAUCUAGCUGUCCUUGUUAUUUCUGCAAGAAAAGGCGAAUUCGAGACUGGCUUCGACAGAGGGGGUCAAACGAGAGAACACGCUAUGCUUGCCAAAACUGCAGGCGUCAAACAUCUGGUUGUGUUAGUUAAUAAGAUGGAUGACCCUACUGUCGAGUGGGACGAAGGACGAUACAAUGAAUGCAGGGAUAAGAUACUGCCAUAUCUUCGUAAAUUAGGAUUCAAUCCUGCGAAAGAUCUUACGUUCAUGCCGGUCUCUGGACAGCUCGGUAUUGGCCUAAAGGAUCCGAUACCAGAGCAUCUGUGUAAUUGGUACAGCGGCCCGCCAUUUAUACCGUUUAUCGAUUCGUUACCUUCGCUCAAUCGCAAGAGCAAUGGACCCUUCAUUAUGCCGAUUGUCGACAAAUACAAGGACAUGGGGACAGUAGUUAUGGGCAAGGUCGAAGCGGGAGAAGCCAAAAAGGGACAGUCGUUGCUCGUCAUGCCGAAUAGGACGGCUGUGACGGUAGAUCAGUUAUGGUCGGAUGAUGAAGAAGUAACGUCAGUCGGACCCGGUGAAAACGUGAAAAUCAAGCUGAAGGGUAUCGAAGAAGAAGACGUGAGUCCUGGAUUUGUCCUUUGCGACAGCAACAAUCCAAUUAAAACUGGAAAGGUUUUUGACGCGCAAGUUGUGAUACUGGAACAUAAAAGUAUUAUUUGCGCGGGAUAUAGCGCAGUCAUGCAUAUUCAUUGCGCCGCGGAGGAAGUCACGGUGAAGGCACUGAUUUGUCUGGUGGACAAGAAAACAGGCGAUAAAAGUAAAACGAGGCCGAGGUUCGUUAAACAGGAUCAGGUGGCUAUAAUGAGAAUCGAAUGCGCGGGUGUAAUAUGUCUUGAAAGAUUCAAAUUAUUCCCGCAAAUGGGCCGCUUCACUCUUAGGGAUGAAAAUAAGACUAUCGCAAUUGGCAAGGUGCUGAAGGUCGUGGAAUAAGAAUCUUGCUUAAAUGUUAUGACGGGUGGAUAAUGAAAAAAAAAAAAGAAUGAUCAUUAUUUCAAUGUGACGAAUAAAUGACGAUGCAAGGCGAA